AUGAUGACUCGUUCGUAUGUUAUACCAGAUCUUGAUGAUGAUAAUGAAACUGAAUCACCUAAUUUAGUUUCUAAACGUAUAAAAACAGGUAAUUCUUCAACAAUCAAUGAAACAACAUCUUCUUCAACAAUUUCAUCGAAUACCAUUAAUGAUACAGAACCUUCAAGCACAGCAUCUGUUGAUUCAACAGCAGCAGCAAGGCUAGUAACAUCUUCAUCAUCACUUUUCGUUCAUUCUCGUCAACGAGGAAGUCCUCUGCUAAAACAUCUACGUCAGGUUAAAUGGGAAUAUUCUGAUAUGAUAUUAAGUGGUGCUGAUUAUUCAAUGAGUCGUAGUUCAUGUGCAUUAUUUCUAUCUCUUUGUUAUCAUACAUUAAAUCCAAAUUAUAUCUAUGAUCGACUUAAAUCAAAUUAA